GACAGUAUGAGACUGUGGGCAGCUGCGUCGACGGGGAGCGUUGUAUUUUGAUCGCGUCGCUCAGUGUGUAACGUUACAGUGUGUACAGGGCGCUGGAGGUCACUUCCUGAUUUACUGACUGCCGACAAUACGUCCUAACUAUUUCAAAACGCUCUGCCUCUGUUUAAAUGACAACGGUUUGCGUGCCUGAAGAGCAACGUUACCCACAAAGGUGAAAGUAGCGAUAGUUUUUGACUUUAUUUGAUGCAGACCAGCACUUCAUUCAGUCGUAGCGCAGGUGGAUUGAUCGCUUCGCAUGUUUUCCUGCCACAUUUAUACUGAGGAUGUUUUAAAAUGGCGGUUGCAGCGUCACAACAGGGUCUGGAGUAAAGGUAAGGGGGUGAUGGACGCACACACAUCCCUCCACCUGCAGCAGGAACAUGGCAGAAGCAGAAGAGCCCACGUCCGGUGAAAGCAACACAAAGGGUCAAAGCAUUGAUGAAAUCGAUACUCAUCAGACCAGGCAACAUUUUUCCAGUCUUCAACUGUCCAAUUUUGAUUCCCAGGUCUCAUCGUUCAGCAAAUCUUCACACAAGCAGUGUUUGCCUCUCACCCAAAACCAUGUCAACCUUCACAUGCCCUCAGACUCUCAGCCGCCGCAUGUCUCCCUCAGCUUCAAAUCAAUCCCUCCCUUCAGUAGCACAUGUGAUGAGGAUCGCAGCAGCUUGGCCUCUCAGGACUCUGGAAUCCCCACCCUUGAGAUUAACCCGCCUGAGCACAUUCAUGCUCGAGUCACCACUGUUCCACCUCCACAUGAUGAUAAUCCGGCAACACUAAACUUGGAUGUUUCAGAUAACUCCACACUCAAGUCUUCCACCUUCCCACGUUGUGACUUUGAUUUGGUCCGCCUUUAUGGAGCAAGUGGGCUCUCGAGUGCGGCAGGCAAGGGCACUUUGAACCGCAGUGAUGACAUUUCAGUGUGCAGUGUUUCCAGUUUAAGUACUGAGUUUUCUGCCACAUUGUCAGUCAGUAAUGAGGACUUCCAAGACUUUAUGGUUACAUCCGAAUCCAGCGCCGUUGUUACAUUUGAGAAUGAAGAUGUCUUGCACCGUAUUGACAAUUCACUCUCAUCUCCUACUGACCUACACGGCAAGCUGAGCAGCCCGCAACGGCAACCUGUGGGGGUCUCUACACCACAUGAGGCUAGACCCAAGAGACUGGGUCCACUCGCCAGCUUCUUCCACAAGAGUCUUUUUACUAAGACAAUGAAGGAAACGGGUGCACUGGAAGAGCAGAGAGAGCCUGGCUGGAAGCUGUUUGGUAAAGUUCCACACAAAGGACUUUCAUCCAAAGACUCCAGGAAAAUACAAAAGGAAUAUGAAGGAAGGAGUGGACAAUCUAGCAGUUCCAUAUCUCCCAAGAAGAAUGUAAGAAGGAACCUGGACUUUGAGCCACUUUCAACCACAGCCCUUAUACUGGAGAACCGUCCAGCGAAUCUUCCUGCAAAGCCUGAGGAAGAAGCCCAGAAACACAGACAAGAAUAUGAAGAGAUGGUGGCUCAGGCCAAGAAGAGAGAGCUGAAAGAGGCCCAGAAACGGAAGAAACAACUAGAGGACAGGUGUAAACAUGAGGAAAGCAUUGGCAAUGCUGCUCUCACCUGGAGUCAGGAGAUUUUACCCAACUGGCAAAGCAUGUGUUCAUCCAGGCGGGUGAGGGAUUUAUGGUGGCAGGGUCUGCCACCCAGUGUGAGGGGCAAAGUCUGGAGUUUAGCAAUAGGCAAUGAACUGAACAUCACAGAUGAGCUGUAUAAUAUCUGUUUGGCAAGAGCCAAAGAAAAGUGGAAUGCCUUCGUAGCCCCAACGGCUGCUGCAGAAACAGAGAAUGAAGAUGCAGGGUUGUCUCAUGCUGAUCGAGAGGCCAGUCUAGAACUGAUCAAAUUAGAUAUUUCCAGAACCUUUCCCAGUCUCUGUAUUUUUCAGCAGGGAGGCCCAUACCAUGAUGUAUUACACAGCAUUCUGGGAGCUUACACUUGCUAUCGUCCGGAUGUGGGAUAUGUGCAGGGCAUGUCCUUUAUAGCAGCAGUGUUGAUUCUCAACAUGGACACUGCUGAUGCCUUCAUUGCAUUUGCCAAUUUGUUGAACAAGCCUUGUCAAAUGGCUUUCUACAGAGUGGACCACAGCCUUAUGUUGACAUACUUUGCAGCAUUUGAAGUGUUCUUUGAAGAAAACCUACCAAAGCUCUUUGCACACUUUAAAAAUAACAGCCUGUCCUCUGAUAUUUAUUUAAUUGACUGGAUCUUCACCUUGUACAGUAAAUCUCUCCCGCUGGACAUUGCGUGUCGAGUGUGGGACGUGUUCUGUCGUGAUGGCGAGGAGUUUCUCUUCCGCACGGCUCUGGGGAUUCUGCGUCUUUACGAGGACAUCCUCACACACAUGGACUUCAUCCACAUCGCUCAGUUCCUGACGCGCUUGCCGGACGACAUCUCUGCUGACGAGAUCUUCUCCAGCAUAACCACCAUCAACAUGAACAGCAAGAACAAGAAAUGGGCACAAGUUCUUCAGGCUUUGCAGAAAGGACAAGACCGGGGCAGUCCUCUACUGAAACACUAAGGAUGCAUCCUGAUGUCUUCUCUUCCACCUCACAGAGACGAAGAGAGAAACUCUUGUUGACCCUGCAUACCUCUAGUACCACAUCAGAAAAUCUUAGUUCCAGUCAUACAUGUCCAGUCCCAUACAAACUGAUGCGUGGGAAUACUAACUGACCUCACACGGCUGGAACGGAGGCAACACAUCACGUGAAUGUACACUCCCAACUCACAAUAAGUGUGGCAGUGUGAGUUUGUGAAGAUCUAAAUGAUUUAAUGUCUCUGUCCUUUCAUUACUUUCACCUUCACUCUUUCUCUUCUGCUUUAUCCCUCAGCUUAAACAAGGCAUUUCCUUUUACGCAAAAUAAAAUAAUAAGGGAUUUUCCUGAAAUGGUUUACUUCUAAUAUGAAAGCAUAUUGACUUAAAAAGAGAUUGUUGACAGUCUAACUGUACUUUUUUCUUGGUGGCCUCUGAGUAUCCUUCAAAGUCCUGGAAUCUCAAAGGUAGUCUUAGUUUAAAAAACUAGAAGUGCACAAAUCAUGACGAGUUUUUGUUUGCUAGGAUUCAAAGUCAGUGAAUCCCAACAUUGUUUCUAAGACCUUUUGUAAACUUUUAAUUUAAGUUUCUUUUUAAAGCACUAUUAUUUAUUCUUCCUCUUAUUCUCUGUAAUCUGUGUUUCUGUUCUCUGUAUUACAAAUGUCUUUAUUCAGAGAUUUGAGUGAACACUGUUUGUGGAAUUGUUACUAGAUUCUCGCUCCCCUUUUUUCUCUCUCUCUCUCUCUCUCUCUCAUUUAUUUAUAUAUAUUUUUUUAUAGGAAGUGUUGUGCCAGUCUUAAACCAAACAUGCUGAAAUACUAGCAUUUCAGUUCAUGCCUACAGAACAAGGAUUUUAGCAUAAUGGAUGUGGCUUUGACAGUUUGGUGCAGCUUGGGUCUCAAGGUGGUUGAAGUGUUGAAAAGAAGCUGGAUUGACUGUGUUCAUAGAUGGUGGUGGUUUUCUGUCAUACGGCUCAUCUCAGCAUUAUGCUUGGUGUUACACUUUGCAGUAAAUUAUUUUUGGCGUUCAACACUUCAUCAAAUUGAUUAAAUUUAAUUGAUUAAAAUCUGACAAAAUCUUAUUAUUCAGAAUCUAUGAAAUACCAUGCAGGAAUACUUCAUAGUCUUUACUUGUUUCAUGCACACAUGCAGUUAACUGGCCUAAAAAGUUUAGAGAAGUAAAAGUAAGGACCUUACAUCAAUGAAUUAAUGCUGCCUAAAAUGCUGUAAACCCAUUUUAGUAAAAUAUAUUUCACUGUGAAGUAUUGACAGUAUCAUGUUAAACAUCCAGAUGUUUAUUUAUUAUCUUGAUUAGGACACAUGGUAAAGUUGAUGGAUUAUUAUUUUUGUGAGGAGGGGGAAAAAUACCUAAUUUCAUAUCCUCUGGGAGUGUAAUUGUGUAUACUGUGUGUGCACACGGUAAUAUGUUAACAAGCUAUGAAGGUUCCAGAAUAUUGAAAGGCACUUGAUAUCUUAAGUUUAUGUUCAGAUAUUAUCAAGAUAAUGUGAGAUUUCACGGCUGUGUGAUCACUGUGAUCAAAGGAACACCUCCCACCUUUUUGUGGUCUAAACCAAACCACUGCAAUAAGCUGCUUUGAAAACAUAUACUUUUUUUUUCAUAGAUUUUCACUGUGGUCUUUACUGUGCUCUGCCAUUUCAUGUUUCGUUUCUUGUUCAUUACCAUACAGGAACAGAACUUGUUUUGUGUUCAUGUUGGCUGUUUUUUAUUAUUAUUAUUAUUAUUAUUAUUAUCUUAUUAUUCAUUGCCUCAGUUUUAAAAUAUUUAUAUAUCUGGGGGACAUGCACCAGGAGCUUUAAGGAAAUGGCCUUCAUUUUUGCUUUGAGUCCAAAGUUUUGAAAGAACUUAUGCACAUAACUCAGAAAAAGAGCUUAAAAGACUUAGAUGUCCAGUGCAUUCAGCUGUUUGAGUUCAUGUACAAUAAAAAGAGUAAAGACAAUCUCAGUUGUAAUGGCUGAGAUGACGUGUGGGUGUGUGUGUGUGUGUGUGUGUGUGUGUGUGUGUGCGCGUGUAAACAACUUCAUGUUAUAUUGUGAGUACUUGAUCAUCACCAUGAACAAUUCAUUCUGUUCAAAAGAGCAUAGGCCACCCAGGACUACAGGAAAUGUUAAUAAUGAAGUACAGUAAUGUUAUUGUGCAAUGUAUUUAUUAUGUUAGUGUUUUAUGUGGGGACUGACAGAAUUAGUCUGUUAAGAUGAAAGCAGCAGGGUGUUCAAUGUUAUGAAUAACUGGCCAGUCCAAACUAUUUAAUGUUAGCGUUUUGUUCAUCUAUAUCAACACUGUAUGAGCAAUCAAAUGUGUGCAGACUGUAUGCAUGCGAUCCCACACUUACUGAAGCUUUCAGAAGUUAUUUGAGCAAGCACUGAUGCAGCUCACACAACACGCUUUGACCUGUCUGUGUUCUUAUGUGUUUGUCCUUCUGUCAGAAAAAUGCUGCCUUUGCUUUUGUUGUCAAUAUACAGGUGAUAUAGAAAUAAAGUUGUAUAUAUUCGUG